AUGGAACCGGCUAAUACGACAGAUGGAACUCUUACCCUGUUUCGGAUGCGACGCUAUGCCGUUUCUGCUGUGUUACUCUCCACGACUCGCACGCGUCACUUAUGGAUUGAGUUAUACGCCUUGCAAGAUGCUCAGCGAAUUCGUUGGCCCCAAAAACUGGUGCGAACUAAACGAAAAUGGUCAUUUGGUAAGUGGUAUGAUGACCUGAACGACACCAAAAGUAAGGAUUCGCUGCUCGAAAUCGACCAAUCUGCAGUUCAAGCCUGUACAGCAACAAAUAUUUCUUGGGCGAAACUGUACAUAAAACGUGUACUUUUACUGCUUUUUUCUCCGGUGGGUACCACAAUUAACUUGUACUCGAAUUUUCAGGAUCAUAUGGUCAACAAUAUCAGCAACAGCAGGUCGUGCGUGCCCACAAGUGCAAUUGGUUUGCCGGGCGAGCCAGGUGACGAUGGUGAAGAUGGACUGGACGGAAAACCUGGUACUGAGGGGCUCCCUGGAAAAGAUGCCGAAACGGAUGGUGAUAGGCAGCAGUUGGAGCCGUGCAUCAUCUGUCCACCCGGACCACCGGGAUGUCCCGGACCAAUUGGACCAAAAGGACCUCCGGGACCAAAAGGGAAGCCGGGUUUGCCAGGACUGGAUGGCCAGAGAGGUGAACCUGGUCUAAUUGGAGCGCCCGGUCCAACUGGCCAGCGAGGUCCUCGUGGCCCAAAAGGAGUGCAGGGUGAAAAUGGUCGAGUUAUCCUUGCCGAAGGACCACCAGGACCUCGUGGUCCACCUGGUCAGCGAGGACCACCUGGUGAGCGCGGCAAAAAGGGAGAAGACGGCAAACUAGGCGAACAAGGGCCACCUGGUCUACCUGGAGAGCCCGGUUUACCCGGACCGGAAGGUAAACAAGGAAUUCGAGGAGCUCGAGGGCUGCCAGGAAAGCGCGGAUUUAUAGGAUCCUGCAAGCACUGUCCACCACCCCGAUUACCUCCUGGAUACCAUGUUGUUGAUGAGUGA